CGUUAGUUUGGAAACAAUUCUACCUUAUUUUUGUUAACUCUAACUUUUAACUUGGAAGCCACGACUACUGUUCUGUUUUCCCUAGUAAACAAACGGCGUCGAUCAUGUUUACCGAUUGCUCCUCCUCCACGACGUCGCGUCUCAUCCAUUUGAACAGCCUCAAUGGUGCUUUCCUUCCCCGCCCGUGCUUCGGCCAACUCAGCUUACGGACAACUGCGUCUACCUGGCGCUGCACUCUCUCCAUUCGCUCCUCUUCUUCUCCAUCCGCGAUUGUAAUUAAUGGAAAGGCUGAGGCCAAAAAUAUUAGAGAUGAUAUCAAAAUCGAAGUUUCAAGAAUGAAGGAAUCAAUCGGUGUGGUUCCUGGUUUAGCAGUAAUCCUUGUUGGGAAGAACAAGGAAUCCGCAACUUACGUGAGGAACAAGAAGAAAGCUUGUGACUCCGUCGGAAUUAAAUCAUUUGAAGUUCAUCUAGCUGAAGAUUCAUCUGAAGAAGAGGUGUUGAAAUCUGUAUCAGGCUUCAACGACGAUCCUUCUGUCCAUGGAAUCCUUGUUCAGUUGCCUCUGCCAUCGCAUAUGGAUGAACAGAGCAUAUUGAAUGCGGUUAGUAUAGAGAAAGAUGUUGACGGGUUUCACCCGCUAAAUAUUGGAGGCCUUGCCAUGCGUGGAAGAGAACCCUUAUUCCUUCCGUGUACUCCAAAAGGAUGCAUCGAGUUGUUGCAUAGAUACAAAAUUGAUAUCAUAGGAAAAAGAGCGGUUGUUCUCGGAAGGAGUAAUAUUGUUGGUAUGCCAGCUGCUCUUUUACUGCAGAGGGAGGAUGCGACUGUUACCAUUAUCCAUUCAAGAACAAUAAACCCUGAAGAAAUCACAAGACAAGCUGAUAUUAUAAUCGCAGCUGUUGGACAACCAAACAUGGUCAGAGGAAGCUGGAUAAAACCUGGUGCAGUUGUCAUCGAUGUUGGGAUUAAACGUGUUGAGGAUCCAAGUGCUGCCCAUGGCUAUCGAUGGGUUGGAGACGUUUGCUAUGAAGAGGCUAGCAAAGUUGCAUCAGCCAUCACACCUGUUCCUGGUGGUGUUGGACCAAUGACCAUAGCCAUGCUUCUAUCCAACACUUUUACAUCAGCCAAGAGAUUUCACAACUUCCAGUGACUUCAAAAAUCUCCAAUAAUUUUUGCUCUGGUGUUUACAGAAACCUUUUUUUUAAUUAAGUCAUAAAUAAUAUAUCUUUUUAACAUUUAUUUAUUUCU